GUUUAAUCCAACUUAAUUUCAAUCGGUUUAAUCAACUAAACCAUAUAGACUCAAUCAAAGACUGAAACAUUUCGAGCUCUUAACUCAGAAACACACCGCUUCCUCUUUUUCUAAGCAAUGGGUGGAAACAACAGGCAGAGAUGGUUCUCCUUCCACCAACGCUCCGCUUCCGCCACCGCCACAACCGUGCCGCAACACAAACACGACGAGACUCCACCGGAGUUCCUCUGCCCCAUCACCGGGUUCCUCAUGUCGGAUCCCGUCGUCGUCCCCUCCGGCCAAACCUUCGAGCGCCUCUCCGUCCAAAUCUGCCGCAACUUAGGCUUCGUCCCGGAUCUCCUCGACGGGACCCGACCCGAUUUCUCCGCCGUCAUCCCCAACUUAGCCAUGAAAUCAACCAUCUUCAGCUGGUGCGACCGGAAAAAAAUCGACCACCCUCGUCCUCCCGACGCUGCCUACGUGGAAAACGUGGUCCGCGCCCGGAUGGAUAAAGAUCCGGAUCCGGAUCCGGAUCCAAACCCGGGUCAAGAAUCUCUGGAGCGUGAGAUUCUCCCCCCUGUUGCUGAGAACUCUCCUUCGGAUUACGAUGCUGUGAUGGAACUGAUUCGAGCUCGAUCCAAGAAACCAAUGUCUCCGACAGCUUCUCCGACAGCAUCGUCAGUUGAGUCUGUCACGAUCCGACAAACCCCGUUUUUUCCGACAAGAGCCGUUACGAUGUUCUCUUCCUCCUCAACUACUUCUUCCUCGUCAGGAGCUUACGCUGGAUUCGAUAGUAGCAGUCCUACCUCCGAUUACUCUUCGCCGUCGUCGUCGCCGAUGUCGCCGGAGGAGGAAGAGAUCUACAACAAGCUGCGAGGCGCCGACAUUUUCGACCACGAGCAAGGUCUGAUUCUCCUCAGGAAGAUGACGAGGUCCAGCGAGGAUCUCCGCGUCUCGCUAUGCACCGACAGGAUCCUCUCUUUCCUCCGACAGCUUCUCGUCUCGCGGUACAAUCUCGUUCAGACAAACGCCGCGGCGUCUCUGGUCAACCUCUCCUUAGAGAAACAGAACAAGGUGAAGAUCGUGAGGUCAGGGUUCGUGCCUUUGUUGAUCGACGUGUUGAAGUCUGGAACCACGGAGGCUCAGGAGCAUGUGGCCGGAGCUUUGUUUAGUUUAGCGCUUGAGGAUGAGAAUAAAAUGGUGAUUGGAGUUUUAGGCGCGGUGGAGCCUCUACUCCACGCGCUUCGUUCUUCGGAGAGCGAGAGAGCGCGUCAAGACGCGGCUCUCGCGCUCUACCACUUGUCUCUGAUUCCGAGUAAUAGGACUAGGCUGGUUAGAGCAGGUGCGGUGGCGAGUCUGUUGACGAUGGUUAGGUCUGGUGAGUCUACGAGCCGGAUACUGUUGGUGCUUUGUAACCUCGCGGCUUGUCCUGAUGGGAAAGGUGCGAUGUUGGAUGGAAACGCGGUGGCGAUUUUGGUGGGGAAGCUUAGGGAAGGAGGGGAAGAUGAGGCGGCGCGUGAGAAUUGCGUGGCGGUUUUGUUGACGCUUUGUCAGGGGAAUCUGAGGUUUAGGGGGUUGGCGAGUGAGGCGGGAGCUGAGGAGGUGUUGAAGGAGGUGGAAGAGAGUGGGAACGGGCGUGUGAAGGAGAAGGCGGGGAGGAUUCUACAGGCCAUGAGGGGAGGAGGUGGAGAGAGUGAGUAUGGGGAAAACGCGGAGGCGCGUGAGUGGAACCGUAUGAUUGAAGCUACUGGUCUGAGUCGGACUCAGUUUCAGGGAGGGCAAAACGGGGGUUUCGCUUGUUCCUCUCAGUUCUAGUUUUUUUCUUUUCUUUUUAUUUUUUUUUUAAUGUUCUCUCUUUACCAAUUUUUGGUAAAAUGUUUUCAUUUUGCUUUUUUUUGUUUGAUAUAAAUGGGUGUAUAUUAUUAAUGUGAGUGGACUGUAACAUGUGAUUAUUGUUUUUGUAAUAUUAAAUGACAAAAUUGAAAUGUCCAUUUGUUUGUA